GUUGUACUUCAUUUCAUUCAUGUGUCAAAGACAAAUUUUGACACUGAAAUCGAGGAAAUCGAAAAUAAAUGUAUUGAAAUGACGUAAAAUAUCUCAAAAACAUACCGGAUUAUUUAUUUAGUUGUAGUAUUGAUUUUCGUAAAAUUUACGAGAAAUUAUAUCAAUAUGUUCUGCUGUCUAAAAGGAUGCAUCAACGGAUUCAGCUUGACCCCGAGUGUCCCCAUUCGGAUCAAAGAAAAUCCAGUUCAGUUGGAUACAUUGCAUAUGGGUCAUGAAGUGGUGGUGGUGAAGGGAGGCCAACGGGUGUGCGGCUCCGGCUGUGCCCUUGGAAAUGCCCCCUUAGUCCAGAACAAAGCUUAUUUCGAAGUGAAGCUACAACAGGGUGGUGUAUGGGCAGUGGGUCUUGCUACACGGGACACUGAUGUUAGCAAAGUGCAUGGUGGUGUUGACAAAGAGUCAUGGUGUUUGAACAGCGAUGGGACUGUCCGUCACGCCAACGAGGAGUUGUACCACCUCACACCGGCUCCUAGAGAAUCUCCUACUGCUGACCUUCUGGUUUCGACAGGUUCCCCGAUACACAUGGAGAAUGAGAAACAAGAUAAUGACAGAGAUGCAAAUACUGCAGCCGUCAUGCCGGCAGAGGGCGACACCAUCGGCGUGGCGUACGACCAUGUAGAACUGAACUUCUUCCUCAAUGGAAAAAAUAUGGAAGUACCUGUGAGAAGUGUUAGGGGCACAGUCUACCCUGCGUUAUAUGUGGACGAUGGGGCGAUCUUAGAUAUAAACCUGGAGAACUUCUUGUACCCUCCUCCCAGCGGCUACGAGAAGAUAAUGGUCGAGCAGUCUCUUCUCUAACAGAAAGAGAACUGGCACGGUGUGAGUGUGCAAGUGUGUGGACUAAACCGAAUUCUAUAACGCGCGUUAGUAAGCAUUUGUGAAUGAGACUGCUUAAUAUAAGUGUAUUUGUGUAAGAUGGAGUUGUAUUGGGGACGUUUUUAAUGAAACAUUGUGAAUACAGGGUGUUAUAAAAUACCUAUGUGAAGCGAAGAAUACAUGCGAAGUGGUAAGACAUGCUAUCUUGGAUAUAUUUCUAUGAAACUCAGAAGCCUUGAUGUAUUUUUGAAUGUUGAAUAAUAAAUUGGAUCUAUAAAAAAAUCUAUAAAUCCUCUUAUGUACUGUAUCUAUAGAUAGGUUUACGCUCAGUUUAUUCCCAAAAAGUCUGGCGCAAAUCCUUCAAUCAGGUGUGCCAUGUGGUACAGACUCAACAGGUAACAAGGAUUGCCUUAGGGUAAUUAUGUCGCGAUGAUUAAAGGGGCGCUGAAAUCGUACAUUCGCAAUCUCGGUUCACUUUUCAUCAUUUCAUACAUACAUAUUUAUAUACCACAACUAGUAGCUACGCAAAACACUAAGGCCCCGUUCGCUUGAUAUAAUUACAUAUUACGUUGUGCUACGUAAAUGUUCAAGCUUUUCGAUCUCCGCCAUUAUCGUGUUUCAAAUUUUGACAAUAAUCAAAUCCAAUUGCUAUUCAAUUCUAUUGAAGUUUGAGUUUAGAACGAUUCCUUAUUUGAUUGAUGAUAAUGUAUGUAAUCGAAACGCUCGAGGAUUCACGUAUCGGUUUCUGAGGGCGAAGUGCGGGUUUGCAUUUCAUUUCUCACUAUCAAUUUGAUGUGAGACUCGGCGAACCAAUCACAUUGCAGUGUGGUUGUCGAUGCGUCACAAUUGGCGCACUGUGAUUGGUUAGCUGCGUCUCACUUUGAAUCGAUUCGAUGGUGAGAUGUAGGUAAAUAGCAAAGUCGCACUACGCACACGUAAUGUUACCAGCAUGUUCUAGCCAUUAUUCAAGUAAUCAUAUCACAGUAACGCAUAAUUUGAUUGUCGCCAAUUCGUGAGGGCCUAUUUUGUGUAAUAUAUUACUAAUAUAUAUCACUGCUUCACUAUUUGCUGAGUGAUAUGACAGUAUUAUUAUAUUUCUUAUACAUGUUGUAUAAUAAGUUAAGACAAUGUAAAGUAUAAAUAAAUAAGUCGAUAAAAAUACCUACUUUUGAUUUAAUAUUUUAAUGAAUGAAAUUAAAUAAUAUUUUAUGUCCAACCUAAUAUAUGAAACGUAAAAUAACACCAUAACAACUCCUAUGUUGUAGUACAAUUUUUUGAUAAUUAGGAAAAUACAAACAUGUUUAUAUCAGUGGAACUAUGCGUUAUAAUUGUGCAAAACAGCCUUAGUUUAUUUAAUGACAUGGUAUGGAAGAAAGAUACAAUUGUAUAGCACUCUUCUGAGAAUAUAGCUUGAAGUAUGUGGAAAAUAACAGUGUUGCGGAGAAUGUGGCUCUAUCUGGGAUGCGUGGCUUGUAUGUGUAUGAGUAUAUUAUUUGUUGUAACUUCUAAAGUAUCUACUUAUUGGUGUCUAAUAUACUUAUAUUGAAAAAUACGGUAAUAAGGUUAUGUUAUCUGAUAAAUACUAGUUGAAUCUCGAUGACAUACACAGAAUACAUAGUCGCGACACAAAAGGAGCCUUACGUCAAUGUGUGGCAUUUUCAAUAAUAGAUCGACAACGUUGUUGUUGUAUUUUAUUGUUGCGGUGCGUCUGUGGUAUUCCUGACGCGGUACUAUUGUAGUUGUUAGCGAUGAAAAUCAUUCACGGUUUUUCAUUUUUCAUUGCAUGGGUAAGGCGAAAAACUAGAUCUGAAAGUAAUAACAUUACCUGGGACCAGCAAAAACAGAAAUAAAAUCAUCAGCUCAAACCUGAAAUGCAACCUUCCAUAUGUCACUCACUGUAUCAAACUUGGAGUAAAAUGUAAUAAUAAAAAAAUAAUAAUAAAAAAAUAAUAAAUAUCUGUAAAGGUCGGACAGACAGGACACACCAUUCAUAUAGGUCAUUUUAUAAGGGUUCCGUAUUUUUUGUAUAUAUUUUUUUGAGGUAUAAGUAUUUUUGCUAUAGAAAAAAUUAAAUCCAGUGCAGUAAAUAACUACUUAUAUUUUAUUUAAUACUAUGUGGUAUGUAAUACUUUAAUAUGUUGGCGUGGUGUCUACAUAUUUUAAGCCAUUUUGAGAUUACUUAAUUAGAAAAAAAAACAUUUUGAAACGAAAUGUAUGUGAAUAUAAUGUUUUUAAAUUUGUUUUAUGUGACUUUUUUGGAUAGAUACAGUUUUCUUCGUCUUAAUGUACUUACAUCGUAUUAUUUAUUAAUAUUUUUUUUCUUCCUCAGGCUUUAAAGUUCGGAGCCCAGGGUCCGCUAUGUUUAUAAAACAAUUUAGCAUUUUUUCAUUAAGUAAAUUGUAGGUACAAUGAUAUCUUUCCCGUUUAAGCCAUUUGUCUGAGAAUGAAGAACACACUGUAUAUUAUAUACUAACAAUUGGCUCGUUUGAGAUUCGUUUCUGUACAUAUUUAUUUUAUUUAAAAUUUGUGACAUUUUACUGCAACUAUGAUUAUGUAAUAAAAAAUACUUUUAUUUGCAUCAACUAUGAUUAUGUAAUAAAAAUACUUUUAUUUGCAUCAAGUCUCAAUCGAUUUCAAUUUUAGUAUAGAUAAGCAUUAUCAUUUUAUAACUAUUGCUUUCAAAGUGCAAAUCUAUUGGAAUUAAUUUAACUUCAAGAUUUACAUCAAUGUAUCUAGCUACUUUCUACGUAAGAUACUUAGCUGAUAUUUGAGUCUGAAUACAUAUAAUUUACUUGCGACACUGGUUGUCAAAAUACGGGAUGUAAAAACACUAUUUUAUAAAUAUAUCUAAUUUUGAAUACUUCUCUAUUUAUAAGAUCUUUUCAUAUCCAUUGACCACCUGUAAACUAAAAAUAUUUAAAAAAAUAUAUAUGCGGGCUAAAAAAAAUAAAAUUAUUAAUUGGAA